GCUCGGGGCCCCGCCGCGUGCCGUCAGCUGCGCACGCGCGGGGAGGGGAGCUGAAGGGGUGGCAGCGACUGCGGCCCAGUCUGCCUUACUCAGCACACCUUAGCGGGCGACGAUGAAGCAGCAGCAGCAACCGGUCGCGUCGGUGGCGAAUACGGGCGCCAGUACUGCAGUCCCGGCCUUUCUCAGUAAACUCUGGGCGCUGGUUGGCGACGCGCCGAGUAACCAGCUGAUUACCUGGAGUCAGAAUGGGCAGAGUUUCCUGGUGUUGGAUGAACAAAGAUUUGCCAAAGAAAUUCUUCCAAAGUACUUCAAGCAUAACAACAUGGCAAGCUUUGUGAGACAGCUUAACAUGUAUGGUUUCCGUAAGGUAGUCCAUGUUGACUCCGGCAUUGUCAAAUUGGAAAGAGAUGGUCCUGCUGAAUUCCAGCACCCCUACUUCAAGCAAGGACGUGAAGACUUACUGGAACACAUUAAAAGAAAGGUUUCUUCUUCAAGGCCUGAAGAAAAUAAAAUUCGUCAGGAAGACCUGUCUAAAAUAAUAAGUAGUGCUCAGAAGGUUCAGAUUAAACAAGAGACUAUUGAAUCCAGGCUCUCUGCUCUAAAGAGAGAAAACGAAUCACUUUGGCGGGAGGUAGCAGAACUGAGAGCAAAACAUCUGCAACAGCAGCAAGUUAUUCGGAAGAUUGUUCAGUUCAUUGUUACCCUUGUUCAGAAUAACCAGCUUGUGAGCCUGAAACGAAAACGCCCAUUGCUUCUGAAUACUAAUGGGACGCCAAAGUCCAACAUAUUCCAGCAGAUAGUCAAAGAACCAGCAGAAAACAAACAUCACGUACCACACAGCAGGACUGAUGGCUUGAAGCAGAGAGAACAGCUGUCGGAUGAUAUUAUUAUUUAUGAUAUCACUGAUGAUGAUAUUGGUGAUGAAGAAAAGGCUCCAGUUACUCCAGAAACCAGUGAGGAUACUACAUCAGACUCAAACUAUAGUCCUGACAUUGUAAUAGUAGAAGAUGACAAUGAAGAUGACUACACUCCUAUAAUUCAAGAAAAUAAAAAUUCUGAACCAGUCAUAGUUCCAUCCAGUGAUUCUGUCAGUCCUUCCCCUGAUGGUACAAAUCCAUUAAUGUCCAGUGCUGUUCAGUUAAACAGCCAAUCUACUUUAACAGCAGAAGACCCAGUCUCAUUGAUGGAUUCAAUACUCAGUGAGAAUGGAGUGAUUUCACAAAAUAUCAAUCUUCUUGGAAAGGUGGAACUCCUGGAUUACCUUGAGAGCAUUGAUUGCAGUUUAGAGGAUUUCCAGGCCAUGCUGUCGGGACGACAGUUCAGCAUAGAUCCAGAUCUUCUGGUUGAUCUUUUUUCAAGUUCUGUGCAGAUGAAUCCUACAGGUCAUAUCAAUAGUAUAAAAGUGGAGACAAAGGGAAUUGAAACCAUGAAGGCUAAUUGUGCUCAACAAUCUACACAAGAUGUGCCUAAUUCUAACCCCAAAUCAGAUAAACAGCUCGUUCAGUAUACUGCCUUUCCCCUCCUUGCAUUCCUUGAUGGAAAUCCAGGCUCAGUGGAGAGUGCAAAUCUGACACCUGAAUCAGUAUCUUCUGUAGAUAAACCAUUAGAAGUGGAUGAACUCCUGGAAAGUGGUCUGGAUCCUCAACCAACCCAAAGCAAACUUGUUCGCCUGGAACCAUUGACAGAAGCGGAAGCCAGUGAAGCUACGCUAUUUUAUUUGUGUGAACUUGCUCCUGUGCCAAUGGACACUGACAUGCCACUGUUGAACAACUAAAUAUGAGAGAGAUAAAGCAAACUAUUUAUUUAGGCUAUUGUUUGGAAUCUAUCUUUUGUAAAUGGCAUUUUGUGAGAGCAGCUAAUGUGGAACCUAAAACAGUUUGACUUUGUGGAAAAGCGAUAGAACAGUCUCAAAGAGCAGUUCAAGCAUUUAUACAAACCAUCACCAGUUUGUUCAUACUGGGUUCAUUCUAGUGCUGUCAUAUUUGGAAUUGUAUGUAUUCAGAAUAUGCCAGGUAAUUAGAUACUCUAGUAAACCACUUGUGGGUUUUCAUGUUCACUUUUGGUCCUAAUGUAUGACAGAUGCAAGUAAUUCUGGAUGUCAUAGUACUUCCCAAGUUUUAUUCUUCUGUACUUUGUUUUCUAUUUUUACAACUUUGUUUAAAUAAAACUGUUAGGGGACCAGAA